AUGGCUCCAAAAUUGUGGGAUGUUCUAUCUGAAACAAAACGCACAAUAGAUACUCAGCCUCGUCAUUACUUCAAUCUCUCCCUAAUCUUCAUCUUACCCCCCUUUUUCGUCUCCUUUCUCGUCAGCUUCCUUGUCAAACACUUCCAACAACAACCACAACCACAACCAGAAUCCACCUACCCCGCCUUACUCUUCACCCUAGUUUCUAUCUUCUUCCUCCUUAUCUCUGCCAUCUUCACCUUCUGUGCCUUUAUCUCCAUCACUUACAGCGUCUACCACUCUUAUUUUAAUCAACCCAUCAAACUCAAAGAAGCCAUCAAAUCCAUCUCCACUUCCUUCUUCCCGUUACUCGCCACAGACAUCAUCGUUUUCACCAUCUUAUUCUUCGGAUCUUUUCUACUUGCACUUGUCAUUGGAGUUGUAACGUUUCUCAUCACUUAUCUAGGCGGUGUUGACCUCCAAGCUCACUCUUACUUGGUUGUGGUUUUAUCAGUGCUUGUUGUUCUCCCUCUUGUGAUGUAUUUGAUAAUUAACUUGAGCUUGGUGAAAGUUAUUGUGGUGGUGGAAUCAGUUUGGGGUUUUGAACCAUUGAGAAGAAGUUGGAAAUUGGUGAAAGGAAUGAAGAGGUUGAUUAUGUCAAUCUCUUGCUUGUUUGGGUCAUUACAGUUGAUGUUGGUGUGGAUAAGUGGUUAUAGCUGGGUACUGGUUUUAGUGAUUUAUCCAAUACUUGCUAUGCUUUCGCUUUACAGUAUUGCGGCUCUUACGGUGUUGUACAUUUACUGCAAGGAGAAACAUGAGAAGCUAGCAUAUGAAGAAUUUGGGAAGGAAAAGGACGAGGCUAGAUUGUCUCUAAUUCCAUCAUAG